AUGAUAGGGGGCAGAGGAAAAGCCCAUACUGCUGGUCGCGAAGGCGCUUCCAAAAAUCUUGGUGAAACUUCGCAUGCUAGAUUGGCCAAUAUGACUGGAGUCUUUGAGACACUUCUGAGAAACCCAAUCCGUUUUGUACCGGCAACUGAACGGACCAUUGAAGAUGAAAGAAGGAUGACACUUACUCGGUUACAUACAAGCGUACAGGGUACCUCUCAGUCAUCCCAAAACCAGGGUAUCAAGGCUACAACAGUAGGACAUGAUGGAAUCUUUGUAGUACGCAGUGUCAAAUUAAUCAACACGUCUAGUAGCCGGAAAUCUCUCGAGAGUCUGCUUGGCCAUCAAACAGCACGUACAACUGUCUGUCGCUUGUGUGAGCAUGAGUCACGUGUCUUGUCUCCCUACGAAUAUCGUUUGGGUGUUGCACUUAAGUAUGGGCAAGCACUGGAUGAUGUUCUUCGAUCCAAUACGUUUGCUAGGGUCUCGGUGCAUGACUACCGCUGUGAGAAAUGCAGAAAGCGCUCGACCGCCGUGCAGCAUUCUCGCAUGACUGCUGUUCCCGAAGUCCUAGAGCUAGACUUUCUGCGCUUCGAACGCGUGGGAUACGGUCUAUACAAGAAAAAUGCUAGAGUCGUACCAUUUAGCCAAGAGUUAGACCUCUCUGCCUUCGUCGACGGUGAUGGCCCUGCGAGAUACCAAUUAGUCUCUGUUGUACAGCAUAUGGGCUCUUUUGAGACUGGCCACUACAGGUGUGUAGCUAAACGCUCGGAUGAAGCAUGGGAGGUGCUGGACGAUGGCUCUGUGAGAACUGUGGGCGUCUCGACUGCCAUCACUACAGUUAUGAAAAUCCACUCAACUAUCAAUAGCACGAGUAUAUUGAUCAACGCACUCCUGGACACCGUUCAAAGCAGUGUCGCAGCUUCGCCCUCUACAAAUCCGCAGGUAGACGCAGGACCCCUUAAACCAGUCUUAUUGACCCUGCACGCUCUUUUCCCCACCAUUCUGCUUCCGGCCCUAGACUUACUCGACCGAGGUUUAGUAACAGACCUGUCUCUGAGUCCCGGGGCAUCAACUAUUCCUAGAGCUGAGAUUCGCGAUCCUGCCGACUCAGUAGACUAUGCGAGUGCGAAUGUCGCUAGUCAGGAUUCCAAGGGCCGAGACGUCUACUACGUCCUCUCCAACGCCCCUACAUUUUCAUCUCGAGUACAUCAGGGCAAUCGCAAAUUGACGGACAAUGUCAGUUACGAGGUGAGACCAACGGCUUGGAGUUGCACAUGUGCUGCUUUUGCCUUCUCUGCUUUUUCUAAAGAGGAUGGGGGAUUUCACGACGAGGAUUGGGCAAUAGGUAGUGGAGCCGAGUUGCAGCAAGACACACCAAAUGAUGGUGGUAGAGAGGGAGGAUGUUGGGGUGGGUUGAUGCGGGAUAAGCAUCCAAAUGAUAUCCCGGUCUGUAAGCACCUACUUGCGUGUGUUCUUGCUAAGAAAAUGGGAAAUCCGGGGCCAAGGGUGAAGAGAAGGGUUGUUGAGCGAGAGGAAAUUGGGGCUUGGGCGGCAGGUUGGAGAGAAGGAUAG